AUGUCCCCUCGAAAGAAAGUUUCAUCUGGCAGCGCCCAAGCGCAGCCUACACCUGACCCCAAGGAUACGAAGGAUGUCUUGAAGAACGUCACGCCCAAGUCGAGCUUGGCGCGUAUCCCCUCACCAGCCCGCUUCUUCUUGGUUGUCUUCGGAAGUCUGGUCCUGAGCUCAGUGUUGUUCACUUUCACUGCUGGCUUUACACAAGGCGAUCUCGGGCUGGUGAGCAAGCACCUUGAGGAAUGGUGGGAAGUAGCGGGAUUGAUCGCGUGGAGGGGCGUGGAGGUUGCUUUGGCAUGGCUUCUAGGCUUUGACGGUGAGUGCACUUUCUUUAAAUGGGGAAAUUAUCUGUCGCAAGCGCUGGGAGAAGAGAAUAAGCUAACUUGGCGGUUGCGAUUUCGCUCAGGCUGGGAUGUCGCCUCGUUCCUCUUCCUGACACACCUACCCACCUACACUCUCCUGUCCUUCUUCUACAAUGUCCGACCGACCUCAGUGAUGGCCUCGUAUGCGAUCACUAUUCUCUCGACGGUGAUCCCGUUCGCACUACUGCGUCGGCCCGCCUCGGUCCAUGAUCUCUCCCACGCGCCCUCCGGCGCAGUUGCCAAUCGCGCUAUCUUGCAGGAUCGACCAACGACCAUCUACACCACUUUGGCCGCGACCUCGAUUUUCAGCGUUAUCCUGUACGCUAGCUACGCAACAUGGUUGCCCGCAAAGCUCGUCGUACACUUCGAAGGCAUUCCAGAUAUUAGCGCCGUGCACGCAGGUCCCGCCGGUCUGCCGGUCCUCUUCCUGACCCUAAUCCCCGCUGGUCUAGCUGCGCGCGACUUCUUGUUUGUCAGCUCUACCGGCCAUUCGGAGGGAACGUCUAAGGAAGCGGACCAAUCUAUUAACCGUCAGGGUGAAUAUUUGGUCAUGGCGCUGUACCGAAAGACCUGGGGCCAAUUGUCAACGAAGACCAGGAUCCUCACCUCGCGAACUAUUCUGCUUGCUACAGGAGUGCUGGUAAAUACGACAGUUCAGGUAGCGGGCACAAUCCGAAGUGUUUCUGUCGAGGGCGCAUUUACCUGGGGAGCGGUCUGGGCUGUCGCGACAGUGGCAGUGGGAGCAACCUUUGGCUGGAUUGAGGCGGUGGAUGGAGUAUAG